AUGAAACGAGUCAAGUUCGACCUUCCUGAUCUCAGCCGACCGGUCACUCCUUCUAGAACACCACCUCAAAUAAAGUAAUUGUUUUUUUCAAAUUUUGUUAAAAAUUUAUUUUUCAUUUUUUCAGUAUCAAAUUUGUAAAAUUAAAAUCAAAUUUUUUAGAUUCAUUUUUAUACAUAACAUGUAUUCAAAAAUAAUUUGGCACAAUUUUAGUGUUACUUCUGGCGUUGCUCAUCGACCUCAUCGCCCAGUAAAUCGACCACGAGCAUCGCCUGACAAAACGGAAAAUGACAACUUUUAUGGACAUUUUGUGGAACCAACGUACACACCUCACUUGAACUUCGAAUCUGAUGUUGGCUAUUACAGAGAUCGUUUGCAAGGAAUUGACAAUUAUGAUUGGGUAUGUCUUUGAGGAAACUGGGUUGUUAUUUAGUAUGUUUGACAAGGUUGGUAUUAUAAGAUGGGAUGGAUGGUAAAUUUCGGUUUGUUAGGAGGGGAACGAUAAGUGUAACUUGAAAGUUAAUGGGAGGGCUAUAUUAAGACUAAAAAUUUUCUUUUCAUGAGGACAAACAAUUUAUAAUUUAUUAUAGCUAGCUGUGUCAUAAAGUGCUGACCAUUUAUCGCAGCAGGGACUUUACACCGUUACUCUGACUUUUGUCAUUUGCUUUCGUACUUUUAACAGAGCUGUACUAUCAUAUUAUUAAAACCUAAACAGUAAUAUAUUUGAGAUGUGUCUAUAAAAUGACGUAUUUUUAUAAAUAAGUAAUAUUGUGUUAAAUAAUGGCAAAUAAUAACGAUUAUUUUUACCAUCACACAAAUGUAAGUUUAAGUUAUUUUCGCCAGAUUUCUAUAAAUUUUUUGGCCUAGUAUUGAGGGGAUCAGUUUUUUUAUAAUAUGAAGCAGGGAGCUUUGUUAUUUUAAAAACUAUUACUCUUGUUACAACAACAUUAUUUAACAUGUUAUCUUUCUUGUGUUAAAAAUUUUUGUUAAUUUUCCAGGUAUCCCAAAUAAUUUUUUCAAAAUUGAAAUUGCUUUUCUGGCACUAUCUAUUCCUUCGCUUGUCACAAAAUGUGGUUUAUUUGAUUUUUGGGGACAUAUUGUGGCAAUAUGUUAUGUUUCGCUUGCGCGAAAACAAUGCUUAACGCAUUCAAAAGAACGUAUUCUUUGGGCCGAAAUCUUUUUUAAAUUUGCGCGCGGUUGUCUUUUAUAAAAGAAUAUUUUUGGACCAUGUCUAGAAAAUCAUACCGCAUAUGUUGCAUUUUUUUCGAAGUGCUGUUAUUUGGCCUCGCAAUUUUUGGCGAAAGUCAUCAAGGGGUACCAGGUUUUGUUAUCAGGGGGUACCAUGUUCUAUUUCUAGGAAAAAAUUAUUUUGGGUGGAGGUUUUCAUAAGUGAUUAACUCUUAUUCAAAAUUAUAAGCCGUAUUUAUAAAUUUUAAUUGUUUCUUGUUUACAUUAAUUAGUAAUUAAAAGUAAAAAACAAGACAAAGCUUGAUAGGAUACUCGAUCGCUGCGCAACAGGUUUAAGUGGACUUUGGAUUAAAUUUCGGUCGAAAAAUUACAGCUUUAAUAUCUAUUUAACUUUGUUUUUGUUAUUGCGUAUCUUAUAACAACACAUUUUUAUUUAUUUUUUUAUUUUUUACUACUUUUUCAUAUUUUUAAAUAUAUUACAUAUAGUAUCAGUGCAAUGAUGGCAAUUUUGGCCUUGUCUAAAAGAGAAAGGAAUAAUGUUUUGUAACAGUUUUUUUAUGAUUGUUGUAGCAAUUCACAGGAAUAUUACUUUUAAUUUUUUUGAAAAAAAGUUGGGGAUGAGGAGGGAAGUUUGAUUCACCACCGAUCCUAGCUAAAAUAGCAUGAAAUUGUGAGGAAUCUGUACACUAACCAACUUUUUAUUUGUUUGUCCGUCGUAAAGUUAAAGAAAGAGGAAUAUGAAUCUAUUUACCUAAUAACUUUCGAGUGGGUCACUUACGCAAAUUAUUUUAACGUCAGUUUUUUUUCAAGCGAACCAAACCUUUUGGGAUGACUUUUGAUAUUUUAAUAUAGUAAUACAAUAGUUUAGUAGCAAUUACGGUUUUAUAGAAAAUAGGAGGGCAUGUUUUUUUUGUAGGAGUAAAGAAGGGAACUUUUCUAAAAAUUUCUGAAAGGUAGCUCACUCACAUUUGGGAAAGGUCUUGUGUAACUAGGACGUUUAAACAAAUGAAAGGUAUUUUUAAUUAAAAUGGUCAAACAAACAUUUUCGCGCAGUAUUUUUAAAAAUUAUUGUUUGAAAAUUUAAAACUAUGUUUAUAUUUUAUAAAAAAAAUACUUUUAUACUGUUAGACUGAGGUUUUUUAUUCGUUGUGAAGCUUUGAAGUUUUUAAAUUAUUAAGAAAUUUACUUUUUCAUAUUCUUUUGUAGAGACGAUUCUCUUGUUCUUGUUAUAACCACCCGGCUUUACUGACAGACACAUCAUGGUGUUGAACUGUACGAUGAUAAAAUCUGACUUUCUCGACAUUUACUUUUUUCUGAAACCAAAAAAGUUUCUUUGUGCUAAUUUUAUUCGCUUUAAAAAGAACAAAAAGGGAGGAUACAAUAGCCAGCGGAACGGCUAUUUUAAUCUCUCGUUUAAUGCUUUUUUAUAAAAUUAUUUUUAAGUUCAAUCAAUAUUUGAUUUUUGUAAAUUUCGAAAUUUGAAAUUAUUUUGUAGUUUUGAAAAAUACGCAGCUUGUAUUUUACUUUUAACACAUCUGCAGUACUAUGGUUUUGUAUACGAUGGUUAAAAAUGCUCGUUUAAAGUAAAUGCUUAUAUAGGAUGGUGAUUAUUUCAGCACACUUCACAAAGAUGCCAAAACACAACACGUUGUAACGUAGUUUUUACAGAUAAUACUUUAAGUUUAAAAAUAUGCUGUGUUUUGGAUGUAAUGGCUCUGCGGUAACCGACAAAAAAUCUAAGGUUGUAAGACGUUUUCAGCAAAAAUUUUCAGAUCAGAAAUGUUUUUGUAGCUUUUUACUAAAGUUAACCUAGAUUCAACUUAAAACUAAUUUUUUUUAAAUAAUAAAAAAUAUAUAUAUUACGUAUGUAAAAGUAUUACUUACAGGCCGACAACUAUGGUCCUAAUGGUCCACUCACUUCUAGAACGGUAAGUCAGGUUUUUUCAUCUGAACGAUAAACAUAUAUAAGGCAAAUUUUUCGUAUUUUAUUACUAAAAAAGUGAAAAUUACAAAACGCAGACACUGAUAUUGGUAGAUAGAAAGGAUUACAUGGUGUCAUGUUACAGCUUGUCAGUUUCGAGAUAAACAAUUCUAGAUCAAAAAGUAAUUCUACUUGUUAGGUAAAGCAAAAAUUUGUUUUUAUAAUUGGUUGUGGUAGUGCUCUUUAAAAUUUUUAUUAUUGUGGUGGGGGGGGAGAGGGAGGGGAGGUAUUUUGUCUACAAAUUUACUUGGAUUAUUAUUUUUUUGAAAAUUGAUUUAGGUGAAUUAAAACCCCCCCCCCCUUUACUUAUAUUACUUUCCCCAACAAAAAUCACCCCCACCAUUUUUUAGCCAAAAACAAUCCUUUAAAACCGACACCUUUUUUGUUUCGGUUAUUUCGGUCCCGGAGCCAACUGUUCUGUUUCGUCGGCCAAGAGCCGUUUCAGGGUCAUUUUUACACUCAAGAACAGGUACUUGCUAAUCAAUAAACCUUUUUUUCUGAUUCAAAUUUUCGAACGGAGCGAAAAAGCAAAGGGAUUUUAGGAAUUUAUUUUUUUAUUUGAUUGUUUCAUUUGACUUUUAGCCGUUCACAUGUUCUCCCGGUUAAACGGCAUUUAUUUAUUGCGUUACUGGUUUUAAAGAUUAUUUUGGUUUUAAGGGAGGAUUGCUGAAAUUCUUUAAAGUUUUGGGGUGCUGAACUAGUUUAUUUAAUAUUGACUUUUGCUCUUAAUAAUUUACCGGUUCUUUCGAAAAAAUAUAAAAAUUUAUCUUUUGAGUAUAGUGCCCGAACCUCAAAACUGCAUGGUGCAAAAACAGUACUUCUAAUAGGUUACAGAUGAAAUAUUUCAGGCAGGGUAAUCUUGGUCGGGGGGAAUAACGGUGUAAAAAAAUUUUUUUUGACGGAUUUUCUUUUUUCUUAUUUUGAAAAAAAAUAUAUAUUUGUUAUUUUUUCAGAUCAAAAUACCCCGCCCAAUUAUGAUAAAAGUAUUUUUUAUUAAAUUUUAAUUUUUUUUAAAGAUUUUGAAAAUGAAUAUAUUUUUAAAACCAUUUGUAAGCAAGUCCUGGUUUUAUCAGAUUUAACGCUUUCCAUAUGUCAUUUUUCAAUUAAAUUUGGGUAAACUUGUAAGAGGGGAGAAGGAGCAGACUGAACUCAAAAAACAUUUUUUUAACUUGACAAUAUUGUCCAAGGAUUUUUAGAAUUAAAAUCAAAUUGACGAUAAUUUUAUGUAUUUUUUUAUUUUGUAUAUCAAGUUGAAUUUUUUUGAUAACAGCUAUUUUCUUCUUUUUCAUCUAUUCUUUUACUUUCAACUGCCUUACAUUAAUGGUUGAUGUGUUAAAUGUAGCAAUAUUUUAGGACCGCAAUCACCGUAAUCAGUAUCGUUCGGUUGUGCCGUUGACCAAUAAAAAGUCUCCGAGGUCGAGGUCUCAGCCACAAAGAAUGGCGGCCGAAAUUCAAAUUCAUGCCGGUGGAGUUGAAUUCAGCCGUAUCACUGACCGAAUUGCUGCUUUGACGUUUCCCACCGGCGGUUCUGACAACUUAUACCGGAACAGUAUUAAAGAAGUCAGUGAGAAGUUGAGAAAGACUUAUGGGGAGAACUAUAAGGUGAGUUUUUAAGCGAUUUAUGAUAACUGAAGCUUUAAGGAAUAUUUUGAUGUGUGAAAUUUUAAAGGAGAUUUUAAAGUGAUAAAACAAUUUUAGGUAAUAUUUUGAUGUAUUAAUCAAUUCCAAUGCUAAACCUUUAGAUUUUCAAUGUAUCCCAAAAGCGAUCUGACCUCGGCCGUUCUAAUUCUGGUGCUGUAGUUGAGUUAGGGUGGCCAGACCAAUUGGCACCGCCUUUGGACAAGCUGUGCUCGAUUUGUAAGCAAUUUGAAAAUUGGCUGAAUGCCAAUCCAAAGAACUUGGUUGUUAUUCACUGCAAAGGAUGGAGGAGUCGCGCAGCUAUUGUCAUUGCUUCUUAUAUGCACUAUGCUAAUGUGUGUUCGAGGUAUGGAUUUUAGGCCAUAUAUUAAGGGAUGUUGGUGUUGGAGGGGAGAGGGGUGUAAAAAUAUAAGUUAUUUUAACAAUAUAUUUGCUUUUUAUCGAAAGUGUAAUCAGGCCUCUGUAUUUUAGCGAAGAAUCAGUGGCCGAUCGUUACUCGAUGCAGUUAUUCAGUGAAAAGUUUCUUCAAUUCGAUGGCCAACCAUCGCACAAAAGAUAUGUCAGAUAUUUUGCCAACUUGAUCAGUGGAGCCACCAAAGUGAAUCCUCAGCCAAUUCAUUUAACUUCAAUUAGUUUUGCUGAAUUCCCUGAAAGUAUUAACAUACUUUUGAAGAUCUACGAACGGAUGAAACCGGUUUACAAUACUGAGAAAAUGUAAGGAUUUUAAGGAUAUGUAUUGGUAGGGAUGGUUAGGAUAGGAGAGCGGAUUAGAGUGGGGUAGAGUAGGGUAGAGUAUGGUAGGGUAGGGUAGGGUACGAUAGAAGCGGUUAAAUUCAGGUUAUAAGAGCUUACGGAAUGGCAAAGACAAGAAUAGUAUUUUGUAAAAUUCAGUAUUACCUAUGAUUCUGAUACAACAACAUACCUUAGAGAAAUUGCAAGAAAUUUAUUUGUGCAACUUUUCUUAUGUAAUAUUGAUGGUUUUGCAUAAUAUUUGCCUCGGUGCAAGACGACCCAACAAAUUACUGCGAGUACGGAAAUGUAGCUUAAGUUUUCUGCGAGGGAUCUAUUUUAUCCACUGGCAUUUGCCUUAGGGAUUGUGGCUUACUAGGUUAAACUUACUAAACUUUUAACUUACUAAGCCUAAGUAUACUAAGCUUAAAUUUAUCAGGAUUAAGUAUAGAAAGCUUACUAUACGUAAGAACAUUCAAAUAGGAUUACAGAAUUUCACAGAAUACUCGAUGGGUUGAGUAUAGAGAAUUUUUUUCUAUAAAAAAUAUUUUUAAUAAUAAUAUUAUAACAAUAUAGUUUGAUUACAUCAUCAAAUACGACAGUGAAUUUUGAUGAAGAAGGCUUGCGCUAAAGAAAAAAAUGUUAAAUAUACAGAAAAAAGAUGUAAUAUUUAUUUUUAUAAAUUUAAAAAGCAUUUCUAAAAACUUUUUGAAGAGUAAAACAUUAGAGAUUGUUCAAAAUAGUUCAAAAUUUUAUAAAAAUCCCAAUUUAUUCGCCGCGUUUCCUUUUGGAGCGAAAAUAAGCCAAGGACCACCGCUACCUGCAUAGCGCAGUAGAGCAGAAUAAAUUCUCUGGUACCAAAGGGGUCCAGUUCGAAGACGCGUACCUGCCGAUCGACUGACCUGUUCGAAACCAUAGUUAUGAAGUAACUACUUAUGCUGCACUGGUCAUGCACAUUCGAAGUGGAUUCAUGCUAAGAAUUUGUUCAAACCGGUAUACCUAAAAAGCUUCGCUUCUUAUAUCCGCGGUGUAUAAGUUUUGCAUUUUUGGAUAACUAAAAAUGGGAACUUAACACAAAUUGAAAGUUUUGAAAAAUAGUUUGGAAACAGUUUGUACAGUAUUACCUAAGAUUCUGAUACAACGAGGUAGCCUUAGUGAAAUUGCAAGAAUUUUAGUUGUGCAACUUUUCGUAUUUAAUAUUGAUUGUUUUAUAUAAUAUUUGCUUCGAUGUAAAGCGACCCAACAAGUUUCUGCGAGUAUGACAAUGUAGCUUAAGAUUUCUGCGAGGGAUCUAUUAUUAUCUACUGGCAUUUGCCUUAGGGAUUGUGGAUUACUAGGUUAAAUUUACUAUACUUACACCAAUAAGUUUAAGUUUACUAAGCCUAAAUCUACCAAGUUUUUUUAAGCCUAAUAAACUUAAGCUUAUUAAAAUAAGGUUACAGAGUUUCACAAUGUACUGAAGGGUUCAAUAUAAAGAAUUUUUCUUUUUAUAAACAGAUAUAUUUAAUAAUAACUUUAUGACAAUAUAGUUUGAUCACAUCAUCAAAUACGAUAGUGAAUUUUGGAGAAGAAGGCUUGUCGCUUCGAGGCGACUUUUUGGUCAAAUGCUUUGCCAAACCAAACGAUAAGACUCAAGAAACAGACGAUCGCCAACUUCUUUUCCAAUGCCAGUUUAACACUUGCGCACUAGAGUUGGAUCCAAGGUUACCACAGCUUGCUUUCUACGGUAAUGAUCUGGAUUUGGUUGGUAAGUCAGGGAAUUUUUAGUGACAUUAUGGCGUUAAUAAGGUUGGAAAGUGGAGAAGGGCGGGUGGGAGGUUCAUUUUUUUGGUUUUUUUGGAACAGUGGUUGUUUGUUUUGUUAACUCUUUUUUAAUUAGUAAUUUAAUUUUAGAUGCCUCAAUUAGCCCAGAAGCAAAGAUCGAAUUCAACUUUGUCAUGGAGCCGUCCAGAAGUCGUUCCAGCUCUUUGAAGCGUCAGAAUUCUGGACAGAACCUGGUUUGUCGGUCAGAACAACGAGCUCAGUCAGUUGGUGCUGAACAGAACAGAAACAGUGGCAACUUUAGCCGUGUGGACAGUUACGAGAACUUUGAUCGGCCGGAGGGUAGGUUUAUUUUUAUUUUUACAAGGUAAAUUUUUGAAAGUUUUAAAAUUUAAUGGGCGACUAGUGCAACUUUUUGAAAAAUUUUAGUUUUAAAAACAUGAAAAAAUGAUUUUUUUCAAAAAGUUUUUAUAAAACUGCCCAACAACCUUUACGAAAAUUGAAAAAAUAAGCCAGGAAUGCUAAAACAGUUGGUUCGAUCUUAUAAUAACACCUUUUAAAAACGACGAUUUUUAAAAUUUAUUGGGUUUUGGUGUGUUACCUUUUGUUUUCAAACGAACUAACAGUUUAAAUUAGUGGUUAAAAUAAAAAAAAUUAGGGGUUUAGGUUUUACGGCCAAGAGUAGUAAUUUCUUACUCAAAACAAAAGUAGAAUUUCGCUUAACACGGAUUGUUCUUGCUUUUUCAUUUGUGAAAAAGUAGUUUUUUAAAACUUAACGGUGUUUUUAAAACUUUUACUUUACUAUUACGGUGGAAAUUUUUUUUUUCAUUUUUGAGUGUGCAGGAUAACAUAAAUUGACGACGAGAUCUCUGAACUUUACUAGAAGUUAUUGGAGGACUAGUUUUAUAACAGUUAAGUCCACUAUUUUUAAUACUAUUUUCAAAACUAAUUUUUUAUUAAAAUUCAAUGCCUUCCCUAAUUUAUUAAGUUUUUAUUCCAAUAUACGAAUCAGGCCGAUCCUUGUUGAUAUUUAUUGAUUUCCAUGACAUUAAUGGUCUUUGCGUUCUGUGUCGGGUGGGCGGAAAAGGGGGCAGGAACAUUCCAAUUUUUGGCACCAAACGUUUUUUUUUGCUUUUGGGCGAUUGCAAGUUUUGGACAGGUGCUGAUUCGAAAGUAAAAGUCUUGACGGGGAUGACAUUGUUUUAGCUGUGCCACUAUAGUUGUCGAGAAAGAAUGACAAUGUCGGCCGAAAAUAUUACGGGGAAUAAAAUUUAGUGCGAAGAGGGGGGGGAUGGGAUCGAUAGGGGGACGAUUGAGAGAAGCUUGAAAGGGGACGAUCGAAGAAGCUUUGAAGGAAUUUAUUUUAAUAGCCUUAGGGUUGGGAAGGGCCUAUAAGAUUUGGCUCGAAGGCUUCUGAAUAGAGAGACGGUUGGAAAAGACAGAGACGCUAUAGAGGUAGACAUAUUAAGAUACAAAAAUCAAAGUUUGCAAGAUAGUAGCAUGCUUAUAAAUAGAUUAUGAAUAAAAUAGGAAAAGUUGUUCAUUUACGCAAAAUUUGGUAAUUUCAAAGCCUAAAGAGUUUUAAACAGUUAAAAAAGUUUUUAAAUUUUAAAAAAUUUUACUAGUUUUAAUGAAACCCUACAAAUUAUCGCUGCCGUUUUCACUUUUCACUUUUGCUUUUAAAACAAUUUUCAAUAUCAAUUUAUAGCCAAGGUACACAGUUGAUCAAAUUUGAUAAAGCGAAAGCUAAAAGUCGGGAUAUAUUUUUUUCGAGGUUCGAAAGUGGCUAUUCGAUUCGGAACCCUUCGGGGCUUAAAAAAUCAAACUGGCCGUCUUUUCGAGACUUAAAUCAACCUUGGCAUCGGAUCCGACAGAUGCACACGAGGUUCCGAAUUUUGUUUGAGUUAGUUGUAAUUAAACUUAUAACACGGUUCUUAUUAUCAAGUGGUUUUCAAUCUUUGUUUAAUAUACUUUUCUCGUUUUUUGAAAUCUUUUGCAAAUUUUUGUUUUAUCAUAAGAUGUUGUUAUGAUAAUCAAUAAGAUUAUCAAUAUUUUUGGAACAGGAAAAUUGGAAAAUAUUCUUGUUUUUUGAAUAGAGCGUCAGGUGUAAGGAAAGGGUAAGGGAUGGCAAAGCAAUUAGGAGUGAGGUAACCUGUAAGAGGGUGAUUUUUUUCAUGCAUGGAGAGAAAAAUUUAUUUUGAAAGAAUUUCAAUAGAAAAUUUAACUAUUUUUAUUAUUUUGUAAGUAAACGCGAGCGUAGGGGGAGAAAACAAUGGAUUGGACUCACAUCGUUUUACAUUUUUGUAAAAUUUAAAUAUUUACUUUUUUAAUGACAUGGGGCUUUUCAAAUAAUUUAAUAUUGAAUUAAUAUGGAAAACGGAUUACUUCUAUAAGAAUGUGCAACACGUGUUGUGUAAACAUUAUUCACAAUCCCUAAAAUAUUGCAUGUGUAUCGUUUUUAUAAAAAAAACUAAAUUAGUCAUUAGAAAGUAGCAAAAAACAUUCGAUUCUUACGUUUUCUUGCUUGUAGCUUUAUGAAAUUUUUUUAUUUUGGAAUUUUUAACUUUAUUUUUUAAAUUAAAAAAAUUUUUGAUGUUAUUAAUUAACCGAAAUUUGAAAAAACAGCAUUUUAGUUCUCUUCUAUGAACGUUUUAUAAUUUCAGACGACCGGUCUCAGUCCCAGUCGCUGAAUCUGACUCCACAGCCGACUGCGCCGGCUACACCAGCCAAGAGUUCAUCGCCAGUCCACAUCGAAGCGCCUGUUGGUGGGAUUAAGCAACAGAACAGCUUGAACACCGACGGAGCCGACUCUGGCAUUGGAUCCGAUUCACCCAAAAAUUCAAAAGUAAAAAUUUUAAUUUUUCGACAAGAGCGUAUGUCUUCAUUCAAAUAAAAAAAUUUUUUUGAAAGGGGGAGGUGAGAUUUUUGGGGGAGUUUUUUAAGGCUUUUUAAUUUCCACUAAGAAAUUUUUUCAAAUUUUGUGAACAAAAAUUACUGUGGUAAAUUUACACGUAAAAACGAGGCGCAGUAUGAAUCCCCUUAAUCGUGAUUUAUGACAAAUUUUAUGCGUUACGUUUAAGUAAUAAGACAAACCCUAUAUUACUCAUGUUUAGAAAAGAAUAUUACGCCGCCCUUUACGUAUAAUAAUUUUUCGUAUUAUCUUGGGGUUUACUUUAUAUUAUAAUACCUUUUUUUACCAUUUUUAAUAAUCAUGUUUCGUUUACAAAAAUGAAUUUUUUACCACUUUCUUCAACCCAAAAUUUCUCGCUAAUCACCGGUUAUAUACAUCAUAUUUUGAUAUCUUUGCUAAUUAAUAUUUGAAUUUCAAAAAAUAUUUUUUAAAUUUAAAUAUCAAAUUUCAGUUUGAACCCCCGGCGCAGAUGCCCAUUCCUCCGGCGGUGCCGCCAAAACCGCGCGGCUACACGCCAGUUCAGUUUGAAGACGAUGAUGCCAAUGAAUCUACAUCACGACAAGAAGACGAGGAAGAUGAUGACGACGAGAAUGACGACCCUUAUGGUCAUAUAGAUGGUACUAUUGGUCGAGAGCGUAAAGUAUUGCCAGCGUUGUUGAGAGGACAGUCUCCGGACAGUGAGAAUCCGAGGGUCACCAAGCACCGUGAUGUAGAUUCUACUAGUAAAAUUGAACCUUCCUUGGUGGCAAAGGGGCGGUAAGAUUUUUUUGAAAUUUUUUGAAAAUUUAUCUUUUUGUUGAAAUAUUUUAUAAGGUAUCGAAGGAAGGCUUGUCGUUUUUGAAUAUUAAAAUCUAUUUAACUGGCGACAGGACUUACUGUACAUCUCCAAUAUUAAUAUUCUUUUGAUCAACAAUUAAAAAAAUCAUUAUUAUUGAAAAAAGUCUCAAUUUCUUUCUUUAUUUUUUUUCUGCAGAUACGACCCGAAUUCGAAAUGCUUUUCGUAUGUGCCGGCCAAGUCACUGAAAGAACACUACAGAGCGCCGAAGAAGCCGCCCACGAGUGCACGACGUUCGAGCAUUGAGCCCGCCGUUAUCGAGGUGCCGGAUCGGGUAGAUCCCGAACAGCUACGCGACCUCCCGCUUCACGGUGUGGAAUUACAGAAGCGGGCCGAGACGCCCAAAUGGGAAGACGAAAUCAACAAGGUAUGUUGGCGUGGAUGCAAGAUAGUAGCAUGCAAGCGUGGGCAUUUUGAUUAGUUUUUGAAAAAUUGGGAGGGGAUUCAAGAUUUUAAAAUUUUAAGUGAGUGUAGUGUACGCCUAGGAUAGGAUAGGCUAGGGUAGGAUAGUACUUUUCGGUAGGAAUAUUUUUGCAUAAUGUUAUGCUUUGUGCGCGUUACCGUACUAUUCCUUAUAAACAACAUAUUUUUCAUGUUUUAAAGCUUAAUCAUGCACUUGUAAAUAUGCCAAAGACAAGAAAGACUAAAUUUUAUGCUACUAAGCGACACCUGUCGGCAAUUUAAUGUUUUAAAUGACAUUGAAUCAUGUCAUAAUUGUGGCGGUUUUGGGAGGAAAUGGCUUUAAAUUUGUAAAGCGGUUAUGUUUUUCGAAAAAGUUGUUUAUUGUUAUAAUCCAGAAGAUUGUAUUCAAUAUAUUAUAAUGUAAUAAUAUUAUUGAAUGAUUACCAGAGCUAAAAAUAAAAAAGGUUUUAAUUUUUGAAAAUCUAGCUGUAAAUCAAGAAAACCAAGUUGGAAUUGUCAAAUAACUGACCGUCGGAAUUUUGUUGAAAUAAUAAUCCACUGGUCUUAGGCCGUCUUUUCUCUUUCGCUUGGCUCGGCUUAUUAUUUUUUUGGAAAGAAAUAUGCCAAAUUUGUCCCUAUUCUUUUUGGCCGGAUUUUUUGCAAAUUUCGCGGUUGGAAUAAUCAGAAAUUUUGGGCGGUGGUUUUUAGAGCUUAUUUGUUUGGGGGUGGGUUUUAGGAUAAAAUUUUUAUUUUAGCGGUUUAAAAUAAAAAAUAAGAAGUAUUGAACUUAAGAGUCAUACCUAUAUCAUUUAAAGAGGAGAAAAAGUUAUGUUAGAAUAAUUUUUUUUAGUCGCGUUGCUUCAUAUAUGACGAAGUUACAGUGAUUUUAAGUUCUUUUUGUACCAGAAAUCCUUUUUGCACCGGGCGGGUCGAAUAAAAGAGCAAAAAGAGAGCCAAAAGUCUGCGUGCGCGCAUGGCUCAGUGAUUAAAAAAUAAAUAACCGAGAAAUGGUUCAUUCUCAAUCAUCUGAGAGUUCGAAUUCUUUUGGUCGCAUUGCCGGUAAUAACUUAUUUUUUGAGGUUUUCAACAUUAUAGAAUAAGAGAAAUUAUUUUAAAACAUCAAAAUAAUGUUUAAAAAUAUUUUUUACGGUUUUUCGUCAUUUUAUGGCACUUUAUCGAUGAAAACGAAGUUUUUUUUGAAGUUAAGGUUUGAGACGAAAAUUAAGCUAAAGCUAGUCAUAAAGCGUAGAAAUUGACAAUGAGACCUAUACCAUCUUAAAGACGACUAAAAGUUACGCCAAAAUAGUUUUUAUUUAAUUGAAUAUGUCCCUAUAUCGACAAAGUUACAGUAAUUUAAAGUUUUUUUAACGAGGAAUUUCAUUUGCACCGCGCGCGUUGAAUAAAAGAGCACCAAGAGAGCCAAAAGCCCGCGUACGCGCAUAGCUCAGUGAUAAAAAAUAAAUAACCGAGAAAUGGUUGCACAUGGUUUAUCUGAGAGUUCGAUUCCUUAUGGUCGGAUUAACGAUAUUGGUUUGUGUUUUGAUGUUUUUUACAGUUUAAGACAAUGAAAAUUAUGUUCUAAUGUCAAAAAUAUUUUUAUAACAUGUUUUUAAAGGUUUUUGGUUUCAUUUUGUGGCACAUUUUAAAUAAAAAUGGCAAUUUAUUUGGCAUAUUUGUUUGCAAAAACGGAUCUUAUUUAAAAAAAAAGACUAUGCUUUGUAAAAGAAAAGCCUAUUCUAAAUCAAUAUUUUAUUUUACAGCUUUUUGAAAUUUAAAUAUUACAAAAAAUAAACAGUUAAUUGAUAACGUGCUCAAAAAUUGAAGUCCAUAAAAUUUUAAAUUUUCUAACUUUGUAUAAAAAAUUGACUUUCAGUUGGCCGGUGAUCUACCAACGGAAUCCGAUUUUCGUCGCAAGGCCGAAGAAGAGCGUCGACGGAAUCAGCGACAACGUAGCCUACAGCCUGAUCCGUUCGAGAACUUGCUGGACACCAACUUGAAUUACGAACCGGCUCGAUUGCAAACCCCUCGACCUCACUCGCCACCUCAACAAAAAGAUCUGUUCGAGCAGAAAAAACUGGAAAAUGGAGACAAUCCGUAAGUCAUGGUUAAUAUUGUUGCUAUUUUAAAAAUUUAAAAAUUUCCAAUACAAAAAAUGCCACUAUAAUUAAAAGGAACAAAAUAGAGUUUUUUUUUGCCAAACCACUGGUUGGCAAUUUGGAUUGUUUGGUAUGGAAAUUUAUUCAAAAAACGACAAAGCUUGAAAUGAAUUAUUUUUUUGGGACAACAAUAUCCUCAAUAUGGAUAAUAUAAAGUAUUGUUUUAAGAAAUGACGUUCUUGGGCCGCUUUUUUGAUUAAAAUGGCAAAACUCAAAUUAAAAGUUCUAAAUUUGAGUUUAACGUUCUUUCUUAUGGCUACAACCUUGUGAUAAACGUAUAUACCUAAAUCUUUAAAACAUAAAAAAUUUUAAAAAAAAGUUAAUUUUAGUCUAAAAAAUCGUUUUUAGAGGUGGCAUGGACGACUUGUGUGAUCCAGAGUUUUACAUGACAUACUCGAACAACGCUACUCCCACUCUCGACGGCCCAAACCAACGUCGAAGCCGGUCGAUGGCUCCAGCUUAUGAACAGACCUAUAGUUACGAGAAGCGACGAGAACCGUUAAGAGCUAUAUCUCAAAAGUAAGUUUUGAUGUUAGUAUAUCUCAAAGGCAUUAUAGAGACUUGGGUUAGACGCCGGAAUAGUUCAAAUGUCGUUUAUUUGUAUUUUUUUGUACGUUAAUAAACGACAAAACUUUUUUACAUUCUCAGAACCUGUUUCACAAAUAUUUAGGUAACAAAAUGUGUUUUCAGAGACCUAGACGGCCUAAACGACAUGAUCUACUCAUCGGCCCAACUCCCACCCCGCCCACAACAACGUUCCUACACCCCAAAACCCACGGCUACAUAUUCAGAAAAUCAAUAUUGGCCAGAACGUGACUCUUACCGUCAACGAAACAGUCGUUCCGUGAAUGCCCUCCCAACGCAAAGAAAGUUGUCAUUCCAAGAGCCGGAAGGCGAAGCCGACGAAUGGCUACGAGAUAAGUUGGCAGCAUUGAAGAACAAAAGGCUACAUGAUCCAGAUGGACAUCAGAGGAAGCAGGCCGAGAGGUUGUUGCUUGAAGUGAGUUUAUUAGUUUUUCUUCUAGAAAUGAUAAUUAUCUUUUUGAAAGGUUUUUCGUUGCUCGUCAAAAAUUAAAUAAAAUUUUCAAAAAAUUGAUUAUUUCGCCUAAAAAGUACUCCUCGAGCACUGUCAGCCCUCUAAAACUCCAUUUCAGCAACUCAAAAACACAUCGACAAUAUACCGCGAAAAUCGAAAUAGUUACCAAUCGGACGUUGAAGUGCCACAACAACAUAACCUACAACAACGUGCUCCAAUUCUGCAAAACACUCCUUCCGAACAUCAAUCUCGUCGUGACACUUAUGGCUACAAUCAAGAAGAUGUUAGACAGCCAGUAUCAAGACCUCAAAGUGAAGAUUUUGGUUUUAAAAGUGGAAGUUAUGGACAAGGUUCGUUGUUGUUUUAGAUGGUUUACGUUUAAAAAGUCUUUUUUCGACAAAACUUGGUUUAUACAUAUUAUUAAAAAAUUCAAUUUAUCAAAGGUAACAAAAAUGCUACUUUAUGUUGUUAUUGUUUCAAACAAGGCAAAAUUAAAAAUUGUUUAUUUUUCUAAAAUUUAACCUAAAAUAAGGUAAGAAUUAAUUUUUUUGACAUAUAAAACCUUUAUAUAAAGUUUUCUCUAAACUUUUAGUCCAUAGUUAAAAUUUAGUCAUGAGAAUAAUUAUAGGAUCUUCAUUUUUAUUCAAAUCAUUUAUAGACGUUGAUUUUUCUGUUUUUAAUGAAAAAAAGCGGGAAAUAUAUAGAAAAAAGAUGUAAUAUUUAUUUUUGUAACUAUAAAAAGCAUUUCUAAAACUUUCUCGACCAGUAAAACAUUUAAGAUUGCCUAAAAUAGUUCAAAACUCUCUAAAAAAUCCCAAUUUAUUCGCUGCGUUUCCUGUUGGAGCGAAAAUAAGCCGAAAACCACCGCUCCCUGCAUAGCGCAGGGGAGCAGAAUAAAUUCUCAGGUGCCAAAGCGGUCAAGUUCGGAGACCCGUACCUGCCGAUCGACUGACCUGUUCGAAACCAUAGUUAUGAAGUAACUACUUAUGCUGCACUGGUCAUGCACAUUCGAAGUGGAUUCAUGCUAAGAAUUUGUUCAAACCGGUAUACCUAAAAAGCUUCGCUUCUUAUAUCCGCGGUGUAUAAGUUUUGCAUUUUUUUCAUUUUUGGCAUAACUAAAAAUGGCAAGUUGUCUAGACACAUAAAUUGAAAGUUUUGAAAAAUAGUUUGAAAAAAGUUUACAAAAUCAGCAAAUCCUGUCAGAAAAAUUAAAAAAUUCAAACUUUGUACUCAAAUAUUACUCGAAUUUUAUAGCACCUCAAAGCACUAAACCAGAGCCGGCUCCACAUUCGAUUCUGAAGCAUUCGCAACCUACUCCUCCGACUCGUGAUGAGCUUCGGAUUGCGAAUCGUCAAGCGAUGGAACGUGCCACCCGCUCCAAAACACCAUCAUAUCAGUACGAUCAGGACCGAGCGACGUUGGUUCGACAACGUUCCGCUACGCCUACAAUUCUGUUCCCAUCUAGGUCGAGCGACUACGGAACUACGAGGCCGGAGAGCAGGUCCAGAGCUACUCCAACUAGUCAAGUUGUGGAUCCUAUGGCUGAAUUUGGGUGGGUGUUUAGUUUUUAAUAGAAUGGGGGUUGUUUUUAGUAAAUUUACGGUAAUAUACUGUCUUAAAAAUUUUGUUUUAUUUAGGAAUUUUUGACUAUUUUUAUAACACUAAUCUAUUUAGAUAUGGUCAGCCAUCUCAGCGUGACUACGCCUACCGUCAACAAACUCCAGAAUCUCAUUAUGCUCCACGGUCCGACUAUGCUUCACGGCAGCAGUACGAUCGCUCACAGUCAAACUACGGUUCAAUCGCUUCUUAUCAGCGAGACAAGAACGCGACGCCACAGUUCAUUAAAGCUUCGGACUAUCAGCGUCGUCCGCGCGGAGCUACGCCAACGAAUCAGAUUGUCCGCCAGAAGCCGCCGACUCCACCGCCACAACCACAGCGGUCACGCAGUCCUGGAGAGGGUGCCAUUUCACCGAUUUUCGGGAAAAAACCUCAAGUCGUGCUGGACUCGGAACGAAAGUAUCAGGAACGAUUGGAACGGGAAGCAGCAAGGACGCGAGCUGCCGAAGGCGAUUAUCAGAAACCGAAAAAAUCAAAACAAGCGCCGGCUAGACCUUUUGAUAGUGAACUGAAACAGAGAUUCAGACAGAACGCGACUUCAGAUGAAGAUGAGCAAAGUAGUACUGACUUUAGGUACUUGAACAGCAUGGUCAACAACGUAUGUUUUUACAAUUUAAAUUUAAAAAACAUUUUAAAAACAUUUUACAGUUUUUGGAAUUGCAGGAAAAUCGAGCCAGAAUGAACCAAACGCCACAAUACGCGACAAAAUCGAUUCUAAAACGAUCUGGCAGUGGUUCGGACAGUAAUUACGCCUACAAUAACUACGGUAGCGUUGGGUCAGGCAACUAUAACAACUAUUAUGGUACGAGUUCGGCCGAUUCAAUGGGUUCAAGUGCUCAUUCUGGAUUUUCGGCUCCUGAAAUCUACGCUUCUCCUUAUCGAUACGGUGACGAAACGCCUGUAGCUGUAAGUUUGAUAGGGGGUAGGAUAAGGUAAUGUAGGGUACGGUAGGGUAAGGUGAAUGACACUUUACUUCUAAGCUUAACAUAAUAAAUUUCAAAUAAAUUUUUAAAAAAAUAUUUGCAGGACCCUGACUACGGUAGCACGACAGGUCGUUCCGAAACGCCGGCGUUCCCGACUCAUCAGCAAUCGGGCAAUCAGACACCUUUACCAUAUCAUCCAUUAUUGUACCAGAACGCUCAGCAGCAACAGUAUCAAAACGGACGGUGA